GCCGGAAGUCUUACGUGGCUGUUGUCGCUAGCUUCGUAGCGGCGCUCGCGAGAGGGCGGCGUAAGUGCAGAUUUCAGACCGGUUUCUAUCCGACACCGAGGAGGACACCGGGGGUUAGUGAACCCCCUUCAUAAAUCCGUCGGAUAAAGAAGAACACCGGAUUGUCACGCUCACCCACCGGGGACGACGAAUUCAACCGCGAAAACCGGGCACCGGAGAAAUAAACUCCCGAAGGAACUCGAGCCGGGACGUUUUUGUACAACUUUUUUUUUUAAAGCUGACAUUCGCCGAGGGGGCAGCGGCGCCUGAACGGUGGGCGAGGAGACGAACUGCUUCCAGCCGAAGGGGGAACCCCACCAAGCGGCCCGGUUCCACAUCAGCGACCCGGGGAAGCCGCGAAAGCCGGGGGAGCGGCGUGGACAGCCAGCGGGGGAUACAGCAGCCUGCACACGGGGAGGAGAAGUAACCACUGGGAGCCGGGUCAUCCGGACAGAGACCUCAUGAAUGGAAAUCGGAACAACAGUUGGUGAAGGAGCCGUUGGAGCCCAAGCCCUGUUCUCGUUGCCACGGCGACCUGGCUAUGGCACCCUCGGGAAGCCCAUCAAGCUUCUGGCCAACUGCUUCCAGGUGGAAAUACCCAAGAUCGACGUCUACCUGUACGAGGUGGACAUCAAGCCUGAUAAAUGUCCUCGCCGGGUCAACAGGGAGGUGGUGGACUCCAUGGUUCAGCAUUUCAAGGUGACCAUCUUUGGCGACUGUCUGCCGGUUUACGACGGGAAGAGAAGCCUCUACACUGCUACCCCGCUUCCUGUUGCCACCGGUGGGGUCGACCUUGAUGUCACUCUGCCAGGUGACGGCGGGAAAGACCGCCCGUUUAAAGUCACCAUUAAGUUCGUGUCGUUGGUCAGCUGGCACAUGCUGCACGAAGUCUUGACGGGGCGCGUCCAGUCCGAGCCAGUGGACCUGGAGAAACCGAUCAGCACCAAUCCCGUUCACGCCGUGGACGUCGUCCUUCGACACCUGCCCUCCAUGAAGUACACGCCUGUCGGACGAUCCUUCUUCUCCUCCCCGGAGGGCUACGACCACCCUCUGGGCGGAGGCAGAGAGGUCUGGUUUGGCUUCCAUCAGUCAGUGCGGCCGGCCAUGUGGAAAAUGAUGCUCAACAUUGAUGUGUCAGCCACAGCGUUUUAUAAAGCCCAGCCAGUCAUCCAGUUCAUGUGCGAGGUCCUGGACAUUCACAACAUUGACGAGCAGCCGCGUCCUCUCGCCGACUCCCACAGGGUCAAGUUCACCAAAGAGAUCAAAGGUCUUAAAGUGGAAGUGACACACUGUGGAACCAUGCGUAGGAAGUACAGAGUCUGCAAUGUGACACGACGCCCUGCCAGCCUCCAGACGUUUCCACUGCAGCUCGAGAAUGGACAGACGGUUGAACGCACAGUGGCGCAGUACUUCAGAGAGAAGUACAACCUGCAGCUGAAGUACCCCCACCUGCCUUGUCUGCAAGUGGGACAGGAACAGAAACACACCUACCUGCCCCUGGAGGUGUGUAACAUCGUAGCUGGACAGCGCUGCAUUAAAAAACUCACAGAUAACCAGACAUCGACCAUGAUCAAGGCAACCGCUCGCUCUGCACCAGACAGGCAGGAGGAGAUCAGCAGGCUGGUGAGGAGCGCAAACUACGAGGCCGACCCGUUCGUCCAGGAGUUUCAGUUCCGCGUGCGAGACGAGAUGGCUCAGGUGACGGGCCGAGUCCUGCCGGCCCCCAUGCUGCAGUAUGGCGGCAGGGUGAGCUCUGAACAAUUUAUGCCCCAGCAGAUCAACCCUGCACUGUCGUUGCAGAACCGCACAGUGGCCACACCCAGCCACGGGGUGUGGGACAUGAGGGGGAAGCAGUUUCACACCGGAGUGGAGAUUAAGAUGUGGGCCAUCGCCUGCUUCGCCACCCAGAGGCAGUGCAGGGAGGAGAUCCUCAAGAGCUUCACUGACCAGCUGCGUAAAAUCUCAAAGGAUGCUGGGAUGCCAAUCCAAGGCCAGCCGUGUUUCUGUAAAUACGCCCAGGGAGCUGACAGCGUGGAGCCCAUGUUCAGACACCUGAAGAACACCUACGGCGGGCUGCAGCUCAUCAUCGUGAUCCUGCCCGGGAAAACACCCGUCUACGCUGAGGUGAAGCGGGUGGGUGACACCCUCCUUGGCAUGGCCACUCAGUGCGUGCAGGUGAAGAACGUGGUGAAGACGUCCCCUCAGACUCUGUCCAACCUCUGCCUGAAGAUCAACGUCAAACUGGGAGGAAUCAACAACAUCCUGGUUCCACACCAACGACCGUCUGUGUUCCAGCAGCCUGUCAUUUUCCUCGGGGCUGACGUCACUCAUCCUCCAGCAGGAGACGGGAAGAAGCCAUCGAUCGCAGCGGUGGUGGGCAGCAUGGACGCCCAUCCCAGCAGGUACUGUGCUACAGUACGGGUCCAGAGGCCCAGACAGGAAGUCAUCCAGGACUUAGCCUCCAUGGUGCGAGAGCUUUUGAUCCAGUUCUACAAAUCGACCCGCUACAAGCCAACCAGGAUCAUCUUCUACAGGGACGGGGUGUCCGAGGGACAGUUCAGACAGGUGCUGUACUACGAGCUGCUGGCUAUCAGGGAGGCUUGCAUCAGUCUUGAGAAGGAUUACCAGCCGGGGAUUACUUACAUCGUCGUACAGAAACGCCAUCACACACGUCUGUUCUGUGCAGAUCGCAACGAGCGGGUUGGACGAAGUGGAAACAUUCCUGCCGGCACCACGGUGGACACAGACAUCACCCACCCCUACGAGUUUGACUUUUACCUCUGCAGUCACGCUGGAAUCCAGGGUACGAGCCGACCUUCCCACUACCACGUUCUGUGGGACGACAACUGUUUCACCGGCGACGAGUUCCAGCUCCUCACCUACCAGCUGUGCCACACCUACGUCCGCUGCACGCGCUCCGUCUCCAUCCCAGCGCCGGCUUACUACGCCCACCUGGUGGCGUUCCGCGCCCGCUACCACCUGGUCGACAAAGAGCACGACAGUGCGGAGGGCAGCCACGUCUCAGGGCAGAGUAACGGCAGGGACCCCCAGGCGCUGGCUAAAGCCGUUCAGAUCCACCAUGACACACUGAGGACCAUGUACUUCGCCUGAACAGCCCCACCUUCACUUCCCUCCAUCUUUUCCCAGCCACUCAGUCAGUCUCCGUGGCCGACAUCUGUCUCAUCGCACAGACUGACCUCCCGGGCUGGUGCAGCUUUUGGUCUCCGGACCUUUUUCGACGACGAUGACAACGACGGCUGCUGCUGCUGCUGCGACCACAGGCUGCGUAAGGAUGUAAUAAGCCAGAGAGGAGUCACAGCCACAUUAUGCAAAUUUGAAAAACAAAAAACAAAAAAACAGUCGAUCAUUUUUCUGUGCUCCCGCUUGUGCAUCUCUCUCUCUCACCUCUCUGCUGUAAUUUAAACCGCGAGUCGCAUCCUCACCUUCCAGUUUUUUUUUUUUGUUUUGUUUUGUUUUUUUUGACAGCAGCUCAAAAGUUUUUAAUUUCGCUGUUUUUACUUUCGUGUGUUUUUAAAGAAAGGCGGAGCAGCAGGGAGUACACAAAAAAAAAACUGAUUUAUUUUGGUGCAUGGGUGAAAGCAUGAAGCAGAACCAGUGAGGACCUGACUUAGCUCCGACGUUUGAGCCUAACGUUUGCUGGUUUAUAUUAUUAGACAGUUUUUACAUGUUUUGUUUUUUUUUUGUUUUGAGCUUGUCUUAGAUUUUUUUAUUUUUUUUUUACGUGUUAUAUCUGUCUGUGAUCGCCAUGGCAACACGUUAGCCGCUAGUUAAAAACGAAACAGAGGAAGGCAGGCUUGCCUCCUUUUUUUUUUUUUUUUUUUUUUUUUUUUUUUUUUAGCGGUUACUCUUCUUCGGCUCUCCCUUUAUAAAGCCAAUGGUUCCUCACAGUCGUUCAGCCAGACAGUAAGAAGAAGAAGAAGAAGCAUAACUCUGCACUCUACCAACACAGACACUGAAUGAAAUCUUAAUUGUUUGUUUUUUUGUUUUUGUAAGCCACACGUGCAGCCAUCGAUGAGGUAUUGUGUGUCGCUUGUUGCCUUACUGCGAGGCGAGGACUGGUAGAAAAAAACAACGCCAUGGCCACAAAAAUUGACUUUUUUUUCUUUCUCUCACUUCAUAGUUCAGCUUGGCACAAAGUGUAAUACCAAACCGUGUGUUUUAGUCCUCUUUGCUAUUUAUGUUUUCUUCCUUUUAAACUUAAAUUAACAUUGAUCUUCAGCAAUAGAGCGGUUUAUAUCACCCGGCGACCGCGAGCUUCUCCCACUUUUUACACGAGGAACUGACUCCUUCGGUGCAGAGCGAGCGAGCGAGCAUGGGGCGUCGUUGGCGUUUUUCAGCGAGUAUUGGUGCAUUAAUUUACAAGCUGGUUUUAUGGCAAGUGACAAUAAGCUUCAGGGGGGGAAUGUACAGUAUUUGACAUUCUCAUGGACGAGUAGGACCGACGCCUUGGACGCAAGGAUCGGUCGGUGAGGGUGUUUUCGUAGAGAGAGAUUAUACAAAAAGUGCCUGAUUUGGUCGGAGAGGAUUCGAUGGAAGGUUUUUAAUCGUAUGUCGGUUUGUUUGCCUCGUUACAAAACACACUGCUGCAUCGCCCGACACACACACACACACACACACACACACACACACUUUGGGGCCGGACUGUAGUCGAACUCAACGCAUGCCAAGUUUAUGUGAUUUUAUUGUUUUGGUUCUCUUCACAUCCAUAUCGACUCAACGCGCUUUGUCUCCUCGAGAUCAGAGUUAGACGUCAUCGUCACACACACACACACGGAUAAUUCUUCGAUGACCUUAACAAGACAACGUCGUCGUGUCACAACCUUCAAUCAAAGCUCAUUUAAUAAACUCAGUGGCCUCUUUUUGUUUGGUACGAUCCGCUAAUUUAAUCCCUUUGUUCUGCCAUAAAUUCUCCUUUAUGAGGCCUGGAACGUUCAGUCGUUGUUGACACUGCCGUAGAGGCGUUAAUUAAACGACUGUACUGGACUGGAGGCGCUUCUAAUAUUCUUCGUUUAUACAUUUAAAAUAUUAGAAGCACCUCCAAUAUAACGUCAAUUGAAGUACACCGCCUUUAUCUGCGAGCGUGGUGAUAAAACAUAAUUAAAUUUUACGCGUGAAGAGUCUCAGCCGGGCUGUUGUACCUAAUAAAGUGGCCACCGAGUGAAGUUUCUGCACUUGAUAAUUGAUUUUUGAGGUUGUGUUAACAAACCUUGUCGCGUUAAGAUCAUUGUCACGUCGGUGGAUUUAAAAUAACGACGCCCGUUUGCGUCUCUGGCCUUCGUUAAGGAUGCAGUCAGUUAUAAAUGUGAAUUUCAGGCCGUUACAUCCAUCCAGGUGGAGGCUGACGCCUCACUUGGUGCACUGAUAGGACUGUUUGCACUCAUUCAUAUUCAGAUCGCGUUUGUUUUCAGGAGGUGGUUCUUGGCUGGGCGUCUAAAACACUUUUCUGAGUAGGGCUGCAACUAAUCUUUUAAUUUUUUCAUUGUCAGAUAUGUGAAAUAUUUCUUGUUUUUUUGUCGAAAAAAACCCAGAUUUACAGUUUACGAUCAUAAAAAGCGAAGAAAAACAUCAAAUUCUCACAUUUAAGUUCAAAUAUUUGGCUUUUUUUCCCCCCUUCUAAAAUCUGAUUCAGAAACAAAAACAAACCUCUUUACUUUGUAGAAAACAGUGAGCGAUAGGGAGACGAUUUCUUUUCAAUCCUUAAAUUAUAUCCAGAUAAUCACACAAGGACUUGUAAUUUAAAGGUCCGGCGUGUCAGAUUUAUGGGCGGAAAUUUAAUAUAAUAUUCAGUCAGUAUGUUUUUCUCCUGGAAAAUAAGCAUAAAACCUUUUUAUAAAUACAGAGGGAGCGAGUUCUUUUUACACAGAGUCACCGCCAUCCAGCCCAAAACAAACACUUGAGGCGAGGGGUGUUCAGUUCACCGCUAGAUGCCACUAAAUCCGACACAUUGGACCUUUUUUUUUUUUUAUUAUUAAAUAAGUUGCCCGGCCGUCUCUCUUACGGCAGUUUAGUUUAAACUCAGACGAAGCCUUCAGGUUUCAUCACUUUGGACCAAACCAACGUGCCUGGUCGUGGGGGGGGGUCGAGGGUCGAGUCGUACUCUCUCAAGCCUUUUUACAGCAUCGUGUUGAUGAUCGCGGCUCUGCACUGCUUAACUGUGCACGCCACACUCACCAGAACCAAACCUUAAAGCUGCUACAAGAAAAAAAAACACAUUUAUUUAAUAUUUCAUUGGAUAGGCUUAAAUAUAUUCACAUAUAUAUAUUAAUACAGAGAGAGUAAAGAGAGGAUAUGGUAUUUUACUGCACUUAAAGAAGAUGCAUGAGUUUUUGAUGCUGAGAGUUUGUUGUCUUGGGUUUAGAUAUCCGCCUACAUUUUUAAAUUCAAAGUUCGGAUCGUCCCCUCUCCCGUGUUCGUUUCUUAACGUCAGACAUUACCAGCAUUUUGAUUUUUACUUGAAGAAACGUAGUCGUGGGCAUGUUUAACAUUGUUGGCUUAGUGCUCUGCUUGUUUUAGAGCCUUAUUAUUAUUAUUAUUAUUAUUAUUAUUAUUGUUACACAUGAAUAUCCGCUCACGUACAGUACAUCGACCUCCGGAGCCCGUAGGCGCUGUCGGCGGCGGCGACGGCAACAUCUUUUUUUUUUUUUCUUCCUUCCUCAACAAAAUAAAAGCAUUUUUAAAGUCUGGAUUGAGAUAUAUUUAUAUGUAAAGAUAUUAAUGUAAUGCACACCACUUAUUUUUUCUAACAAAAGUCCUAUUUGAAAAGCUGACGCGUGAUAGCUGUAGUGAAAUAUGGCGUUUAAUAAUAAUAAUUAUAAUAAUCGUAGCGUUCUGUGAUCUUUUUUUUUUUUUCUUUCCCAAAUUUGAUAAUGCAAUAGGUUUACUCGUGUGAAAAACUGAUGACGUGUUUGCUGCAUUGACCUGCUUUUGUGGAGACUGUUGUUGCUCUUUGGGGGAAGUUGCGGGAGGGCGGGGGGUUUGUUUUUGUCAUGUAAUAAGUGAUCCGAUGAACCGUCAACCCUCCUCCGCAAAGACCUGUGAAGACCUCCCCUCCUCCUCCUCCUCGUCUACUGUUUUUUAUGUUAUCAUCUCACAAAAACAAAAAAAUCUCAUCGAAGAUCGAUGAGGUUGAAGACAUUUCUCGACGCAUGUGCUGCAUUUUUAAAACGACAGGAGGAGGGUUGAAAGUUCAUCUUCGGACCGAUUCGUCUGUUAACAGACUGUGCCUUUCCUGAUGGUGCUGAUAUAUAAUAAACAAACAAAAAAAAAAAAUCAAAGAAAUCUUAACUUUCAGAAAGGGCGCCGAGGCCCAAGUUGAUAAGUAUAUAUUGAUACAUGACAAUACUGUAAGGUGUGAUUGCGCCUGUGCAUUUGUGUGUGUGUGCGUAUAUAUGUAUCGAGUGUGUGUGUGUGUGGAUACCUCUGACAUAUGCCAAGAAAACAAAA